AUGAUGCUAAGUUGGGGAAUUUGUGUGGACGCAAAACCAGAGGUGUUUGUGUGGACGCAAAUGGUGAAGGAGAGAGGACAGUGUUCCACUUUCACCACCGACCCCUUCAUCUUCAAACUUCAUCUUCAUCUUCAUCUUCAACACUCUCUCUUCUCUCUUCCCAAACCCUCCUUUUCCCAUGGCUGAUUCCCUCUUUUCUACUCUUCCCGACGACAUUCUUCUCAACAUCUUCUUCAAGCUCGAAGACGAUCCCCGUAACUGGGCUCGAUUAGCUUGUGUUUCCACCAAAUUCUCCUCUACAAUCCGUAACAUCUGCUGGAAAACCAAGUGUUCCAACGCUAUCCCUUCUCUCGUUGCCGAUCUCCUCGUCGGCGACUCUAUUCCCGCCGGUGGAUGGGCUUCCCUUCAUAAGCUCGCUGUCUGUUGUCCUGGUCUCGUCCAUUCCGGUGUUCUUCUCGAGAAUUCUGAUUUUGGGCUCGAGCGCGAACUGGGUCCUGAUGAAAACUACAUGAAAUUGUGUUCAUCUCACAACCCAGAACCUGAAUCGGACCCUUCUACUGCUUUAUUUGAGGUUAAUUCUGAUCUCUCUGCUUCUGCUUCUGCUUCUGCUUCUGCUUCUGCUUCUGCUUCUGAUUGUGCUUGGUCUCUUUACGAUGAUUUGUAUCUCGAUACUAUGUAUAAUGAUUCUGAAGCCCCUGAUGUUCUCGACCCACAAAUUGGUGUUACUAAAGUGGAGAAAGGGGUUUUUAUGACGGAUAAGGAUUUUUGUGUUUCGAAGAGGAGAAAGAUCUGUAGGUCUAUGAGAUCACAUUUGGCAUCUGGGGUUUGGAAUUUAAGCAGGGAACAAGGAAAUAAACUUCUAAGGAGUCGAUUUCGAGGCGAUUCUCUUUAUAUUUGUGAUUGGCCUGGUUGUGUUCAUAUCGAAGAGAAGAGGAAUUACAUGCUUUUCAGAGGCAUUUUCAAGAAUUUCAAAGGAUCUCAUGUUUGGAGAACGAUAAAAGAUGGGAAUAGGAAGAAAAUUGAUCUGAAUUGUGCGUUUUGUUCUUGUAAAGAGACUUGGGAUUUGCAUUCUGCCUUCUGUUUGAGGCGGGUUUUUGGGUAUCAUGAUGAUGGAGAGCCAGUUGUUCGAGCUUAUGUAUGUGAGAAUGGCCAUGUCUCUGGAGCUUGGACAGAUCUACCAUUGUACACUUGAUUUCACUUGUGCUUUUGCUCUCAUUCCUCAUUCAAUUCCAUAAAGUACUCUACAAAGAAAUGGAGGGCAAUGUUUUGGUAGCUCUUAUGUCUAUAAUUUAAUGUCAUUUUAUUGUUCAACUUCUUUCCCUUUCUUGCCUGUUUCCAUGAAUUGGACACGAACUUCCAUUAAAACCAUUGUUAUAGGUUUCAUCUCUGAGUUCUGAUAUAGCUUUUAAGAGGCUUAUUCAUUUGAGUUGUACAUGUUUCAUUUAUCAGUAGCUGCUAAGGAAAGAUAGCAGCUGAGAUGUUAUGGAGUGAAGAUAUUUAGAGAAAAAUUGCAGUUUAAAGAUGAGGCAUAGCAUAGCUUCAAUCUUGGAGGAGUUCAAAUGAAGCAACACUUAGAGAUAAGUUGAAAAAAGAACCUUGCUAUUUUGUGCUUAUAAUCUUCUGUUUGUAUAUGAUGAAUUUGUUUGUUGUAGGGGAGCAUUGUUUCCCAAUCACUUAAUUUAAUGAAAGAAAUGCUAAAACGCUAUGUUCAUAGA